AUGGCUGUAAACAAUGAGGUUAACAACACUACUUCUGAAAACCCCACCGAUGUUUCAAGCAGCUCGCAAAAGCUUGCCACUGAAGAGACUGCCAUAACUAAUGGUGUUGACCAUGAAGAAGAAGAUGGUGGGGAAGCGGGCGGUGAAGUCUUUCAAUUGACUGUGGUGCUUCCCCGCGAGCCCCAUAAAAUUCAGAUCAUCGUCUCUUCUCAAGAAGCUAUACACGAUGUUCGCCAAUCCAUAAUCGAGCUGCCCGGAACCUUCCAGUACUCAUGUUUCCAUCUCGAGCACAAGGGAGAGAGAAUAAAUGACUUCGUUCAGAUAUCCGAGGUCCCUGGCUUAACGGCGGACUCAGAAAUACACUUAGUCGAGGAUCCGUACACAGAGAAGGAGGCAAGAAUACAUAUUAUUAGAGUGCGGGAGCUUAUUGGUGCUGCCGGGGAUCGUACCGAUACCUUGAAUGGUAUCAUCUCAGGAGCUUCGCUGCUUGAUUCGGUUACAUCAAAGGAAUCCAGUCAAAACGGCACGAGUACAGCUCCGUCACAUCCAAUGGUUGGAUUUGACUUCCAAGCUUCCGGCAAUCUCUCGACCCUUCUACCAAGAGCACAAGAGCCAGGGCCAAAAACUGUCAAGUCAAUUUCAGUCUCUCCUUGGAAUCCUCCACCCUACCAUCUUAGACAGAAGGGACAUUUGCUCUAUCUACAAGUCACUACAAACGAGGGGGAGCAAUUUCAGAUCACAUCUCACGUAUCUGGCUUCUAUGUGAACAAAUCCUCAACGGGAAAAUUUGACCCAUCGCCAAAAUCUGCGCCAAAAGCCCAUUCCGCGCACUCACUUUUAGCACUUCUUAGUGAUUUGUCUCCAUCAUUUGAGGAAUCCUUCAAGGGCCUCCAGGAAUACAACAAUACCAAAGAACCUUUGGCUACAUUCCAAAUCACAAAUGCAACUCCCUCAAACCCUUGGGUUGUGCCAUCAGCAACGGCGCCCCUUGUUGCGCAUCAAGCUGAUAUAACACGUACUCAAGAAAAUUAUCUAAUUGCUGGUAUUGAGAAUAGCGAGACUUUGCGAGACUGGAAUGAAGAAUUUCAGUCUACUAGAGAACUACCAAAAGACACCGUUCAGGAUCGUGUAUUCCGAGAGCGAUUGACUUCGAAGUUGUUCGCUGACUACAACGAUGCCGCAGCUCGUGGUGCGAUUCUAGUUGCUAGGGGUGAAAUAGCUCCUCUCAACCCAACAGAAGGCAAAGAUGCUCAAAUUUUCGUCUACAAUAACGUUUUCUUUUCCUUUGGGGCAGACGGCGUGGGUACUUUUGCCUCAGAGGGUGGUGACGAGGCCGCUAGAGCAGCAGUAGGCAAGGAUGUUAUGGGAGUCCGUAUGGUCAACCAAUUGGAUAUCGACGGCUUGUUUACGCCAGGAACUGUAGUUGUUGAUUAUCUUGGAAAGCGUAUUGUUGGACAAAGUAUUGUUCCAGGAAUAUUCAAACAACGUGACCCAGGCGAGAAUCAAAUCGACUAUGGUGCGGUGGAUGGCAAGGACAUUGUCGCAUCGGAUGAGAAGUUUGUGUCUGUUUUCGAGAAGCUUUCCAAGGCCUUGAAAGUCAAAAAGCAUGCAGUUUGGGACAAAGAUGCAAAACGUCAUGAUCUCGAAGGCAGUAUCGAAACUAAGGGUCUUUUGGGUACUGACGGAAGAAAGUACGUUCUCGAUUUGUACAGAGUCACCCCAUUGGAUAUUACUUGGAUGGAGGAAGUCGGUACCGCACUUGACAGCCCUAAGGAGGUCGAUGCGGCGAGUGAAUCUGCAUACCCACAUCGCAUGACAGUUAUCCGACCUGAAUUGGUCGAGGCUUACUGGAAGGUAAAGAUGCGCGAAUGGGUAAACGGCGAAUUGGAACGUAAGCGCGAGGCUCAGAAAGCCGUUGAGCCUACUACCGAAGGAAAGGAAAUCGAAGCCGCAACUGAGGCAUCGGAGCCAGCUAAAAGCGAGGAGCCAACCGAGAAUGGAGAAGUGGCCAAGAAGAGCGAAUCGGAUGAGGUUGCACAACCCAGCAAGCCUGAUCAGGAAAGAAUUGAUAUUGGCGAUUUCAAGUUUGCAUUGAACCCAGAUGCUUUCAGUGGACAGCAGCCACAAACUGAUGAAGAGAAGGCCGAAUUUGCCGAGGAUGAACAACAAGUUCGAUUGGUUUGCGAGUUCUUGCGCAAGACAGUGUUACCUGAACUUGUGAAGGAUCUCAAGGAAGGUGAUGUUGGUUUCCCUAUGGAUGGACAGUCUUUGAGCAGGCUCCUUCAUAAACGUGGUAUCAAUCUCAGAUACCUCGGCCAAGUUGCUACUCUUGCGGAUGGCAAGAGACUCGAGUCCUUACGCAUUUUGGCGGUUCAAGAGAUGGUGUCGAGAGCAUUCAAGCAUGUUGCCGGCAAUUAUCUCCGUUACCUCCCUAUUCCUUUGACAAGCUCAUGUAUUGCCCAUCUGCUCAAUUGCUUGCUCGGUACAGAUUUGAACGCAGCUCCAAAAGCAGAUGUGGAUGAGGCUAUAGCUGCGCUUUAUCCAGAGGCAGAUUUGAAAUUCAAGGAGGUCACCCCAGAAAGUCUUAAACAAGAGAUUGAAGGUCAAGUUCUCCGUCGCUUCCGCUACACCCUAGACUCUGCAUGGACUGCAGGUAUCAAACAUUUGCAACUUCUUCGCGAAGUUUCCUUGAAGCUUGGUAUUCAAUUGGAGAUGAAGCCUUACCAUUUCACAAAGCAAUCGCAGACUGAAGCAGCAGCAGCUCCACCGGCAACUAAUGGUGAGGCUACAAAGGACGCGGCUCCCACCGGAAAGAGCACCAACGGCAAGAAGAAGAAGAAGAAUGCCCGUGAAGCCUCUCCUGCAUCUGUUGUAUCUGCAAACGCCGCAUCGCCUGUCACCUUCAACCCAGAUGAUAUCCUUAACACCGUCCCAGUCAUCAAAGAGGCGUCUCCAAGAAGCUCCCUUGCAGAAGAAGCUUUAGAAGCUGGUCGUAUUUCUCUUCUACAGGACCAAAAGAAGUUGGGUCAAGAAUUGCUCUUGGAAUCUUUGUCAUUACACGAGCAGAUUUAUGGCAUUCUUCACCCUGAAGUGGCGAGAGUAUACAACUCCUUGUCGAUGCUAUAUUAUCAACUCGACGAGAAGGAGGCUGCUAUGGAACUCGCCCGCAAGGCUGUUAUAGUUUCCGAGAGAACGUUAGGUGUUGACAAUGCCGAGACGCUUUUGAACUAUCUCAACCUUGGACUCAUUGCACACGCAAGUGGAGAGACCAAGUUGGCUUUGACAUACAUCAAGCACGCUUUGGAUUUGUGGAAGGUUGUCUAUGGUCCAAAUCAUCCUGACUCUAUCACAACAAUCAACAAUGCUGCAGUUAUGCUGCAACACUUGAAGGAGUAUCACGAUUCUCGCACAUGGUUUGAAGCAUCCCUCAAAAUCUGUGAGGAGGUCUACGGAAAGCAUUCUAUUAAUGCUGCAACCUUACUCUUCCAACUGGCUCAAGCUUUGGCAUUGGAUCAAGACUCCAAAUCCGCUGUCAACCGUAUGCGCGAGUCUUACAACAUCUUCCUUACUGAGUUAGGUGCAGAGGACAAGAACACCAAGGAAGCAGAGAAAUGGCUUGAACAGCUUACUCAAAAUGCUGUAUCAAUUGCCAAACACGCAAAGGAUGUUCAAGCCCGCAGAAACAGAGGAAUCCGAGUCUCUCCUCGUGUCACUCUUGGACAGACCCAAGUCCAACCCCAAAUCGGCCAAACUGUUGAGGCCGCUGCUGGUCGAGAAGCUCCUAGGGGACUUGAUUCGCGAAGCAUUGAUGAGCUUCUCAAAUUCAUUGAAGGAAGCGAUCAAAGCAACCAAAACAAGAAACGACCUGGUCGAAGUAACCCAAAGCGACGAGGGGGUGCUGCGGCCGCCGCUGAUACACAUACGCCUCCGCCGGUCUGUCCAUCACAUAUCGUCAAGAUGGCGAUCAGCCCCAAAGUGCUCAUACCAUUCCUGGUAGCUAUGAUGCUGGUUACGGGAGUCUGCAAUACACUUCUCACAAAAUAUCAAGACAAUGUUUGCGUCCGGAAUUGCGACAAUCCCGAUCCCAAGAAACGAGCAUUAUUCGAGCAGCCGGUCAUACAAACGGCUCAAAUGUUCGUUGGAGAAAUGGGCUGCUGGCUCUUUGUUGGCGCAUUUUCUCUUUAUCGCCGAUAUUUCGCAAAGAACGCAAAGCCCGAAGAGAAUGGUUAUGAAGCAGUUGAUACAAAUGAAGGAGAGGCCGCAGAUAACGAUGGAGCGAGCAUCUUGACAACUUCGACUGCAAAGGCAAUGGAUGUGGAUGAAAACAGGUUACCAUUGGUGGGAUGGAGAGUGCUGUUGUUAGCCUUACCGGCUAUCUGUGAUAUCUGUGGAACGACUUUGAUGAACGUCGGUCUCUUGUUUGUAGUCCCUUCAAUUUACCAAAUGACUCGAGGAGCUUUGGUGCUCUUUGUUGGAAUUUUCAGUGUACUCUUUUUGAAAAGAAGGCUUCACCUAUUCCAAUGGUUCGCUUUGGUGACCGUUGUUCUUGGAGUCGCUGUCGUUGGUCUCGCUGGAGCUCUUUACCAAGAUGACAAAGCCGCGCCGUCUUCAACAGCGCUUGUACACGACGCACUAAAGCUAGCCGCAAGAGAAGCCAGAACACCAGAAGCCCUGCGCGCUAUUAUUGGUGUAUUUCUAAUUGCGGGCGCUCAAAUAUUUACUGCUUCUCAAUUCGUUUUGGAGGAAUACAUUCUGGAAAAUUACGCUCUGGAACCUCUCAAAGUUGUAGGCUGGGAGGGUCUGUUCGGGUUUGGAGUUACAAUUUUCGGUAUGAUCAUUCUCCAUCUUGCAGUCGGUAGAACCGCAGCGGGAAGAUAUGGAUACUUCGAUCUUGUUGAAGGAUGGAGACAAAUUACACACUACAAAGCCAUUGGAGUCUCAAGUGUGCUUAUCAUGAUCAGCAUCGGUGGCUUCAAUUUCUUUGGACUUUCCGUAACCAGAACAGUCAGCGCCACAUCUAGGUCCACCAUCGACACUUGUCGUACACUCUUUAUUUGGGUUGUGUCACUAUUUCUAGGAUGGGAAACUUUCAAGUGGUUACAAGUUCUUGGCUUCGUAUUACUCGUGUACGGAACUUUCUUGUUCAACGACCUUGUCCGACCUCCUUUGAAGUCUUGCAUCGUUCGUGAUGUGGAUGAGCUCUUGCCAGAAGAACCUAUUGAACAUAUGUAA